AAAUAAAUGGCACAAACAAAAGUGGAACAAACAAACUAGCCCAUCUUUAGAACAAUUCAGUCUUCUCAUCGGCAGUUCGCUCUUUCCAUCCAAACCAACUAACUCCCAAUUUUGCGAGGCUUCAACUACUAAGCAGCAAUCAACUUAACAUAACUCCUAAAGAUGUCAAGUAAGUCGCAGUGUCGUCAAAACUUCCACGAAGAGUGUGAGGCGGGUGUGAACAAACAGAUCAACAUGGAACUGACAGCCUCAUACGUCUACCACUCCCUCGCAUUAUACUGCGACAGGGACGACGUCGCCCUCCCGAACCUACACAAGUUUUUCCUAAAGAAUUCAGAGGAGGAGCGUGAACAUGCGGAGAAGCUGAUGAAAUAUCAGAACAAGAGAGGCGGCAGAAUUGUUCUGCAGGACAUCAAGAAACCAGAGGCAACUGAGUACGGAAGUAUAGUGGACAUGCUCUCGUUGGCACUUCAGUUGGAGCGAGAUGUCAACCAGUCGCUUCUGGACAUGCAUGGUCUGGCUGAGAAGAACGGGGACCCCCAAUUUACAGAUUUUGUCGAAGGAGAGUUCCUCAAAGAACAGGUGGAUGCUAUCAAAGAGUUGGGAAGCCUGCUGUCUAGGGCCAAGAGGUGCGGGUCCGGACUGGGAGAAUUCCAGUUCGACGACGAGGCGCUCGGUUAAAGAAUGCCAUCAGAAGGAAUCAGAGAAAAUUUAUGAAAACUAGAAACCGAUAGUAUUUUUUCAUUCUUCACUGGUUAAACUCGAAUAUAAUAAUUUAUGAUAUACUU